CCGGCUCGAAAAUUGAUUUUAAAAGUAACUCUUGCGGAGCGGGUACCGGCAGCAAUAGCUCCGGUACCGGAUCCGGUCCAGAAUCGAGACACACGCCGACAUCGUCGUCUUCGGCCACGACGCCAACCUCCGAACAACAGUUUAACAUAUUCCCGGCCAUAUUCUCCAGACAACUGAACUUUCACCAUCAUCACCACCAGACACAUAAUUCGGCUAGUUCGAAAUUAAUGGACGAGCUGAGACCGAAUCUAGGAUUAUUAGGAUUGAUGGACGAUCACCAUCAUCAUCUGCAUCAUCACCAUCACGAAAAACGUGUACCGAAGACUGAGGCGCCCGAUUUCGCCGCUCUGUACGGUUUGCCUAAUUCGGUCAUCGAGAAUCAGCAGAGUUCGGCUUUGCCCUCGGCUAGGCAUUUGAGCGCUGAUCAUACGAAUUCAGAAGGAGCGUUUAAGAAAUUAAAAAGUGAGCCAUCGAUGGGUGGACCUUCACCUAGUCCUAGUGUUCAGCAUGCUGGACACACACCUACUACUGCUUCAUGUCCGACUCCUGCUCGAAGAAGGCAUAGAACUACGUUUACACAAGAACAAUUAGCUGAACUGGAAGCUGCCUUUGCUAAAUCACAUUAUCCAGACAUUUAUUGUAGAGAAGAAUUAGCUAGAACGACUAAAUUAAACGAAGCUCGAAUACAAGUUUGGUUUCAAAAUAGAAGAGCUAAAUAUAGAAAACAAGAGAAGCAAUUACAAAAAGCUCUUGCCCCUUCAGUGUUACCAACAUGUAAUGGAGCUAUGAUGAGAAAUAUAUAUCCAACAGCUUCAAGAGGUUAUCAACCAUACCCACAUCCGAAUCCAAUGAAUCGAUAUCCUCAAAUGGCAUCGAGUUCAUACCCAAGUAUGGCACAAUCAUUCUCAAUGAGCCACGGAGCAACAAACAUGAGCGCAGCUGUGACCGGCAUGAGACAAGACGCAAUGGGUAUGACCGCCGAAGAUGAAUGGUAUAAUAAGAGUUUGUCAGCUUUACGAAUGAAUUCUAGUCAUCAUGCCAAUUUAGCUGCUCCAAUGUUACAAUACCAAACGUAAAAUUCAAAUACCUACCUACCAAUUGAUUAUUUCCACUGUACCAAUUUAUAGAAUCGUUUUAAUCAGGAUUUUUAAAACAGCUACCUAUGUUAAUGUUGAAAAUUUUUUUGAAUUCGAGUGCAAUAAAAAUCGGUUAAUAGGUAAGUAUAAUUCGACAAAAUAUAAACUUGUUGGGGAUAGAAGUGGAAUUGUAUCUUUAUAAUAAUGAUGAAAGGGAAAGAGU